AUGGAGGACUACUACUACUUCCCCAAUUCAUGGGGGACCGCCGGCUACGUCGUUGCGGGGUUCCCAGGCCACACGGUGCCUCGCAACCCAAGCUCGCCGCCGCCCAGGACCCGCCGUGCGUCCCGCGGCAACGCUGAAGCCGGAGAGCUCCACCACCCCCACCCCCACCCCCACCACUACCUCGACGCCUGCUUCCGGUGCGGGCGGCAUCUUGGCGGGAACAAGGACAUCUUCAUGUACAGGGGCGACACCCCGUUCUGCAGCGAUGAGUGCCGGCAGCAGCAGAUCGAGGCCGACGAGGCGAGGGAGAGGAGGUCCAGGCAGCCCUCUGCGGCGACGAAGCGGGAGCGGCAGAGCAGCAGCCCGCAGAGGAUUCCCCUCUGGGCGCGGUGA